CUUCUAUUCAUUACAUCUUGACAAGCUUUGUUUGGCGCCAGAAUUUCUAUUAAUUCACUCGGCAAUACAUUUAUAAAACAUUUCUCUACCACCUGACGCACUCAUAACAACGACACCAUCUUUUAUAAAGACAUUUCCAAUAUCAGAUGACAUUGGCAUAACUGAAGAUACAUCCUCAUUAUUUAUCAUCUUUUUAAAGACCAAAAUGGAAAUAUUGUACAGAACAGAUAUAUAAGAUUGUUUCUCUAAAUCUAUGGCAGAAUUCCUCUGAUAUAUUUACUCUGAAAAGUAUUAUUAGCAAACCUUCUGGACAUCACUGGCUGGAGUGUCUACAAGAUGAGUCUUUGUUCAAACUAAACUUGGAUAAAUUUACUAAAGAACUUUGGGACAAAGGUGAUAAGGGACAGAAAUAGAGCAGUCGAAAUAUUUGGAAACAAAAUACUAUAGAAUCAAAAAGGUGAAAAAAGAUAUAUACUGUGAUUUUUGAAGAAAAAUAAUGGAAAAGAGUGAGAAAAUAAAGAAACUGAUUUUUCCAGAAAAUAGAGAAAAAGGGAGCCAAAAAUUGUCACAUGAGUGUGAUGUCUGUAAAAAGUCUUUCUCUCAAAAGAGCAGCUUGAAUACGCACAAACGUAUUCAUAGAGGAGAGAAGCCAUUUCAUUGUGACAUUUGUGAUAAAUCAUUCUCUCAGAGUUGUAACUUGAGUACACACAAACGUAUUCAUACAGGAGAGAAGCCAUUUCACUGUAAUGUCUGUAGUAGGUCAUUCUCUAACCACAAUGCUUUAAAUUCUCAUAUACGUGUUCAUACAGGGGAGAAGCCAUUUCACUGUGACACUUGUGGUAAAUCAUUCUCUAUAAAUGUUUCACUGACUAAACACAAACGUAUUCAUACUGGAGAGAAGCCAUAUCACUGUGAUGUCUGUGGUAAAUCAUUCACUCAAAAUGGUAAUUUAUCUAUACACAAGCAAAUUCAUACAGGAGAGAAGCCAUUUCACUGUGAUGUCUGUGGUACAUCAUUCUCUCAGCGGAGUUCUUUAGAUUCUCACAAGCGUUUUCAUACAGGAGAGAAGCCAUUUCACUGUGACAUCUGUGACAAAUCAUUCCGGGGAAAAGACAGCUUGACCAAACACCGACGUAUUCAUAUAGGAGAUAAGCCAUAUGACUGUGACAUUUGUGGUAUAUCAUUCCCUCAGAAAGGUAGCUUGACUUCACACAAACGUAUUCAUACUGGAGAAAAGCCGUUUCACUGUAAUGUCUGCAGUGCAUCAUUCUCUCAGCAAAGUGCCUUGGAGUCUCACAUACGUGUUCAUACAGGAGAGAAGCCAUUUCACUGUGACAUCUGUGGUAAAUCUUUCCCUCAAAGUAAUAACUUGACUAUACACCAACUUGUUCAUACAGGAGAGAAACCGUUUCACUGUGACACUUGUGGUAAAUCAUUCUCUCAAAAAAGUAACUUGACUAGGCACAUACGUGUUCAUACAGCAGAGAAGCCCUAUCACUGUGAUAUCUGUGGUAAAUCAUUCUCUCAAAGUAAUAUCAUGACUACACACAAACGUGUCCAUACAGGAUAGAAGCCAUAUCACUGUAAUAUCUGUGGUAAAUCAUUCUAUCAAAGUAGUACUUAAACUUCUCACAAACAUGUUCAUUCAAGAGAGACAUAUUCCUGUAAUAUCUGUGGUAAAUCAUUAACUUCUCCUGCCUUAACGUUUUUCUUAUUUUAUUUUACAAACAAAUCCUUUCUAAUGGUUUUAACUUGUGACCUCAGUUCAAAUUGUAAUUGACCAAUUGGAGAGACUACUCUACUUAGACUUGCUCCAUUGUGGACCAUAGGUGGCACCCUAGGCAGUAAUUUCUGUGAGUAAAUUUUCUACAGUAAUUGUCUACUUUUACUUGAGUUUACUCCAAUAGAAUAGGUACUGCCCUUUGAUAAUUAUGUUAGUAUUUUCCUUAUAUAUAGUUUCUUGAUAACUUCAUCAUCAUCGUUUAGCGUCCGCUUUCCAUGCUAUCAUGGGUUGGACGGUUCAACUGGGGUCUGGGAAGCCAGAAGGCUGCACCAG